AGACCAUGGAAGGACCCGGUAGUCCUGGAAGUAGGAACAAAUUACAGUUGGAUAUCUCUCUCUCUCUGCCUAGAAGUUUCCGUCAAUUGAAGCAAAAAUCGAAGACUUGUACUAACCCCUUCUGUGCGCCAAACCUUUCCUCGUUCAACGCCUGCUCUUGACACAGAGUGCGGGGACUUCCCUUCUAAUCUUCUCUCACGUUGGCCCGUGUCUUUCAAGUCGGUCAACUGUUGGACAAGCUCGCUUCAUCUCAAAGAUUUGAACUUUUUGAUCUGGCUCGCUCAAACUGAACUACCCUUUUCCUCUUUGAUCUCUUCUCGCGCGAGCUUUUUCUGCUCUCUUGGCUGGUCCUCGCUGAUUUGAGCUCCAAAAAGCCGUCUUUCUUUAGCUCAUGUCAACCCAAGGACAGAAGGCUCGGGUUUGAGUUCUUGGGGCGGCUGCGGAUGCCCCAAUCUUGAGUUCAAGAUCGUUUUGGGAGGUUCUGGUGCUUAACCCAAUUGCUAUUUCAGUGUGCUAUUUAGUGGUUAGAUGCAAUUCUUUUGGCUCUUGCUUAUCUGAUCACCGGCAUACGAGUUUGACUUGUAGACUUGGAGAUUUAGUGCUUCGGGUUACAGAUCGAAACCAUGGUUAUUGUAUUUUAGCUGUCCCUCGAGGUGUUUGAUUUUCGGUUAGUCCACAAAUUGAUGGCCGCUUGCAAGAAACCCCGCACCAAAGAGGCGGGUCGUCGCCGAUUCGUGUUUGUAGUUGUAUUUACGCUCAUGUUUGUCUCUGUUGUGCUUUUUUGCCUAAGAGCAUAUCCGGUUUCAAACAUCGCUAUGGAGCCUGCUGAUGAUACGAAUCAUAAGUAUAGUCAUUCUCGUUUGAGGGGGAAUCUCAACCUCCCUAAGCAAAAUGAACUGUCAAUUCAAUUGGAAAUGCGCAACUGGUUGCCUGCUAGAAACAGAGAUCUAUAUCCCACUCUGGCAAAGGAUCACAUAACUGUAGUGUUGUACGUUCAUAAUCGGCCUCAGUACCUCCAAGUAGUCGUGAAGAGCUUAUCACAAGUAAAAGGUAUAGGUGAGACUCUGCUGAUAGUUAGUCAUGAUGGGUACUUUGACGAGAUGAACAAGAUUGUGGAAGGUAUAAGAUUUUGCCAAGUGAAACAGAUCUUCUCUCCUUAUUCGCCUCACAUUUUUCCCAGUAGCUUCCCCGGUGUAUCACCUAACGACUGUAAGGGCAAGGAUGAUGCAGCGAAGAAGCAUUGUGAAGGAAAUCCGGAUCAGUAUGGAAAUCACCGAGCGCCAAAAGUUGUCUCACUGAAGCAUCAUUGGUGGUGGAUGAUGAACACGGUGUGGGAUGGAUUAAAGGAGACUCGGGGGCAUUCUGGCCAUAUUCUUUUCAUAGAAGAGGACCAUUUUAUUUUUCCGAAUGCAUACCGCAACUUGCAGAUCCUCACUUCACUGAAGUCUAAGAAAUGUCCCGAUUGCUAUGCUGCAAACUUAGCACCUUCUGAUGUCAAGUCGAGGGGAGAAGGUUGGGAGAGUUUGAUCGCCGAGAGGAUGGGUAAUGUAGGUUACUCCUUCAACCUAACUGUAUGGAGAAAAAUCCAUGAAAAGGCUAAAGAUUUCUGCUACUUCGAUGAUUACAACUGGGACAUUACAAUGUGGACUACAGUUUAUCCCUCCUUCGGGGCUCCAGUGUAUUCAUUGCGAGGACCUAGGACUAGUGCGGUUCACUUCGGGAAGUGUGGGUUACAUCAAGGCCAGGGCGAGCAAACUGCUUGUGUCGAUAAUGGGGUUGUGAACAUUGAAGUAAACGAUGAAGAUAAGGUCGCAAAUAUCAAAUCUGAGUGGAGUGUGCAUGUCCAUAAGCAUCAACCAGGUUAUAAGGCCGGGUUCAAGGGUUGGGGAGGCUGGGGUGAUGAGAGGGACCGUCUGUUAUGCUUGGAGUUUGCUCGCAUGUAUAAAAUCACAGAGACAGCUUCCUUCUGAAUAGCCAACUUUUGAUUUUCCUGCUGCUGUCCCAUGAGGCUCCAGUUAUUCUAGAUGAGUUAUCAAUAGAAAUACACAUAGCAUUUCUGUGUAUCUAAUAGAAACUUCAAUUAUUUGGUAUAAAUUUUCUCAAAUGGAUCAGCUUUUCGUAUUAGCUUUAUGGCAUAUACCGUCCUUUUGUCUCCCUUUUACUUUUCUUUGGUCGGCUGUACCUAAUGUUCAGUCUACAUGGCAUUAGAAGUUCCUCUCUAUCGUCUCAAUUUAAGUCACCAGGAAAUUGGAAAUCCUUACAAGAGAAGUUCUUUCUCUAAGGAUUUGUUGCAAUUCAUUACUUAUAAAUGCUGGUUUUUCCAUCCAGAGAAAAAGGAAAGGAAAAGUUGUUUCGGGCUUUUGCCUUGAGGAGAGGCAGAAGAAUACUGUAAGCAAGGGCAGCUCAUUUGGUCCAUAUCAGGAAAUGGACCGCAAUAUCCUAAUUGUGCCAGUUUCGUUGUGUAGUGGUUGACUGGUGAAACAUGUUCCUUUGGUUCUGGACGAAUUACGAAAUAUUGCUUUCUGCAUGCAGAGUUUUACGUGAUCAUUCGCAUUGAACGGUUGUCCAGAUUAAAGUUAGAUGUUCCUUUACCAGCUUCACUUCUCAGGUUCAAGUCCUACUGAAAACUUGUGUCUCUCAUACUUUGCUGUGGGAAAUUCACUUGGACUUGCAUUUCUGUUGAUGAUGGAUGAAUAGGGUAUGUUGGAUCAGUUGUGGUUCUUGAUCUUCAUUCUCAGUUCCUUGGAAUAAUGCUGUCGGAGCUGAAUAAGGUCGUCCCAUGGUUUAUUGAGGAAACACAUAUUAUUCGGGAUCAUUACCAAUCUUGAUGAGCACUGCAGCUCUGAAUUUAUGACUAUUGGUUCUUAUUCUGGCAAUUUAAUUUGAAAGACAUGCUUUUCCUGAAUUUGUAAGGAUCAGUCUAUGUUGCUGAGGAAGUUGUAUAUGGGCGGUUGUGGAAUUUUUCACUUGCAUCUUGUUUUGCUCAUGAUUGCAGUUGCAGCGUCUUUUGCUCUCUGUUAUUCGCCAUGACAAUAUUUUAUGUUUCCUAUUUUUGGAGAUUUAAGCAUAUGUCAAACCGACCCUGCGCAGAAUGAGGGCCUUGGAAUCUUCUUGUGUGGCAGAAGAAAUGUCUCUGACUUCUCA